GUGUGUAUGUGUAUCGACACAUACAUUAUCUACACUUUGUCCAGCACACAGAUAAGAACUGGGGACAACCAGUGCUCUGUUUGUACCUACACACACCGACGUAUCCCGAGCAAGAAAAAUGAAGACAAUCUGGAUUCUGGCUAUUUGUUUUGCCACAGUGUACAGUGAAUCGUGUCAGCAUGACGAUGAUUGUCAACUGGUUCACUGCUCAACUGGUUCCGUCAACUGUAUCCACCAUAUAUGUACCUGUACCGAAAACACCGGUCAAACGUGUACUGGGAAGGACGACUGCAGCUUCCACUGUAUCCACGGUAAACCUCAUUGCGUGGACGGUCUCUGUCACUGCUACGGAGAUUAGAGGCAGCGUCACAACUGAUAAAAUCCUAUAGUUGAUCACAAUCACAUUAAAUCAAAGAAAUUUGUACAUUAAA